GUCCUAAGCAGUUACAGAAGCUCGCUCAAUAUUUGGAAGUCAUAAAGCAAAGCACUGCCUGGCGUUAUUGGGUAGGGACUUGACGUGUUAAAUGAGCAUAAAAGACCAGCUGGUUGGGGAACCACUUGAGGGGGUAUCAAACAGUGCGUCACAUCCUUGGGAAAAAAAGAGGAGCGAUUCCAAUGGAAUCAACAUGUAAGCGCAUCUGCAUUGGGUGGCAUCAAUAAGAAGACAGCUGAGGAGAAAUGAUGACAUUGCGCUACAGGUGAAUUCAUCUAUUCAUGCUCAUUCAGGCUCCGUGCGUCCUUCUACAACACAAUGACAGCGUGAAGAAGGGGAAAUCAAGAAGGUGAAUUUUUGACCUGACUGUGAGUUUUUGACUUGGCGUCCUCGCCUGAAUACGAUGAAACAACACUGCCCGACAGCAGUCGCGAGAGAGGAAAUGCACGCGCAAAGAAGGACUGCAAGGUAAAGCAGGAAAAGUUGGUCCGCGCGCCGAGGCUACACUAUUCAGGGAGUGCUGAACAACCCAAUGUGCGCAGACUUUCUGUGGGAGAAAAGCACAGUGUAGAAGAGAAUUAGGGUCUUUUCCCUAAACCGACCAAAGUGUGGAUCAUGGCUACGGAGGAAACGGGUGGCUUGGCGCAAACCGCCGCCGUUAAACUAUCAGAGAUGGGGGAAAGAACUAAACAGUUAGGAACUGCUAUCCAGGACCCCGAGCGACAAAGAAGGAUUAUUCUAGUCAUUGUAUGUGUGGCACUUCUUCUAGACAAUAUGCUUUACAUGGUCAUCGUGCCAAUUGUGCCCGAUUAUUUAGCGCGCUUAGAGAGCGAAUCAGAGCAGGCGCAUAUAACUGGUAAUUCUUCAACAAACAGCGCGCAAAACGAGAACUUUGACGUGCAGAUCGGCGUGCUUUUUGCCUCAAAAGCCAUUUUGCAGCUUAUUGUCAAUCCUUUUACCGGAACUUUCAUAGACCGAGUCGGCUAUGACAUCCCACUUUUCAUUGGACUCAGUAUCAUGUUUGUCUCGACAUGCAUUUUUGCCUUCGCCGAGAACUACGCGACUCUGUUCGUCGCGCGCAGUCUGCAAGGGCUCGGCUCGGCGUUCGCAGACACUUCUGGGAUUGCCAUGAUCGCAGACAAGUUCACGGAGGAGCCAGAGAGAAGUCGCGCGCUGGGCAUUGCCCUCGCGUUCAUCUCGUUCGGAAGCCUGGCGGCGCCCCCGUUCGGAGGGGUACUGUACGAGUUCGCGGGCAAACGCGUGCCGUUCUUCGUGCUUGCCUCUAUAUGUUUGGCAGAUGGUAUACUAUGCAUGACUGUCCUCAAGCCCUUUUCCAGUAGGACUAGAGAGAAUAUGCCUGUUGGUACCCCAAUUUACAAACUAAUGAUUGAUCCCUACAUAGCAGUUGUGGCAGGAGCUUUGACCACAUGUAACAUCCCCCUUGCUUUCCUGGAGCCCACCAUCGCUAACUGGAUGGAGGAGACCAUGGAUUCAUCCCAGUGGGAGAUUGGGCUCACCUGGCUACCGGCCUUUUUCCCACACGUAUUAGGUGUUUAUAUCACUGUCAAGCUGGCAGCACAGUACCCACACUUGCAGUGGUUUUAUGGGGCGCUUGGCAUGGUUAUCAUUGGUGCCAGCUCUUGUAUUGUGCCGGCCUGCAAAAACUUUGAGCAGCUGAUAAUCCCCCUGUGUGGCAUUUGUUUCGGUAUUGCACUGGUAGACACAGCUUUAUUACCCACACUUGCUUUUCUCGUAGACGUCCGUCACGUGUCGGUGUACGGUGGUGUAUACGCUAUUGCAGACAUCUCCUACUGUGUUGCCUACGCGCUGGGUCCCAUCGUGGCCGGUAAAAUAGUGCACGAUCUCGGUUUUGUGCAGCUAAAUCUGGGCAUGGGUCUGGCGAACGUACUUUACGCACCAGCCCUGCUUCUCCUGCGCAACGUGUGCCUAAUGAAACCAUCUCACUCUGAGAGAAACAUGUUACUGGAGGAGGGAGCCACAGGUCUCUACGACACUAUCAGAAUGGAGGAAAGCCAAAGAAAGAAGCACGGCUACAGUUCAUCCGGUAACUGUGUGCCCAUCGACGAGAACGGGACAAUUGCUGGACAAUCAAAGUCAUUCUCUGAAGAAGAGACAUCUAAGCCAGAAUACAUAUAGUCUGAGUCGUAAUUCAUCUGUGACAAUCCUGUUAAAACCUCUGCUGAAUAUAAAUGUUUUUUUUUUUUUUUUUUCAUUCACACGUUACUCAUAGUCCCGAAGAAAACUACUGGUGAACGGCAUACAAUGAUUUAAUCUAUUUACUGAAAUGAUGAGCUCAAUAUUUUUUUCUCCAAUAGAAGAAAUGUAAAAAAAAAUAAUAAUAAUAAUUUCACUGUUUAGUAUUCCGCUGUAUUAAGUUGUAUUCAGGGAUAUAAAUAUGGUGCAAACAUAUUAAAUAUGAAAAUGCGUGUGUACGUAUUAAAUGGGCCUUCGUUAAAGCUAUUCCGCCGAUUUUGUGCUGUUACAAAUAAUAUGCAAAAUGUCACCUGACACCUUCAAAGAAAAAAUGAUGGAACUUGUGUGAAUCCUGCCUUUUCAGUGUCUGUGUCAAGUAUUAAAUGUUUAGGGUGUAUAUCUGGAAUGCAUUACUGUAAAUUACGGAAUAUAAUGGUGUAUAUAGGUGCAUAUCGAAUGUACAUAAUUAAAAAAAAAUAAUAAUCUGUGAAAUGCCGUGUUGUGCGCUCUUUAUGUGACUUAAAUGCAUCGACGCGCUUUAAACGGAUAUAUUCAUAUAUAUAUAUAUAUAUACAC